UCUGGACCUGUCGACCUGUCGGUCUCCCUCUGGACCUGUCUCCUUGUCUGUCUCCCUCUGGACCUGUCGACCUGUCUGUCUCCCUCUGGACCUGUCUCCCUGUCCAGGUGUUGCAGGCCGAAGAGUCAGCAGCCGUCGGUGGUUCUGAUGUGGGACAAGCUGCUGAUGGUGGUGGGAGUGAGACAGGACACCGUUCAGUUCCCUCUGGAGGAUCCCUGUGUUCUUAUUGGAGAGCUUGAUGGAGUCCGGAUCAUCAGCUCGGCCAAUCAGGAGCUUCUGCAGGAGGUUCCUCUGGUCUGUCAGGACAUCUUCAAGAUCGCCUCCAUGGCCCCGGGAGCCCUGCUGCUGGAGGCCCACCGGGAGUACCAGAAGUCGAGUCAGAAGGCUGAUGAGUACCUGAGGGAGAUCAAGGAGCAAAGCAUGCUGGGAGAAGCAGUCAGACAGUGUGUGGAGGCUGCAGGACAUGAGUAUGACUCCAACACCCAGAAGUCCCUCCUCAGGGCUGCCUUUCUACCUGUCUGUCUUGUUAUUUUUCUGUCUCUCUCUAACUGCCUGUCUCCCUGUCUACCUGUAUGUCUCUCUACUUGUCUCCAUGCCUACCUGUAUGUCUCUCUACUUGUCUCCCUGCCUGCCUGUCUGUCUCUCAGGUUGGUGUACAGGCAGUUCUACCCGUUAGCGAUCGAGAUCUGUCGCUACCUGAAGAUCCCGGACUACCAGGGAGUCAGCCGGGUCCUCAAGCACUGGGCCUCCUGCAAGGUGCAGCAGAAGGACCUAUCAGACGAAGCCAUCGCCCGAGCUGUGUGUGUGAAGGUGGGAGACUCGCCGGGCGUUUCCUACUCGCACAUCGCCGCUAAGGCCUACGAAUGUGGACGCACCGAACUCGCCAUCAAGCUGCUGGACUUCGAGGCCCGGUCUGGGGAGCAGGUUCCUCUGCUGCUGAAGAUGAAGAGGAGUCAGCUGGCGCUCAGCAAAGCUGUGGAGAGUGGAGACACCGACCUGGUCUACACCGUGGUGACGUAUCUGAAGAGCGAGAUGAACCGAGGAGAUUUCUUCAUGACUUUGAGGAACCAGCCGGUCGCUCUCAGCCUCUACAGACAGUUCUGUAAGCUGCAAGAACAGGAAACUCUGAAGGAUCUUUAUAACCAGGACGACGAUCACCAGGAGCUCGCCAACUACCUUGUUACUGCUAGUUACCGGGAGAAGAGGUUAGAGAGCCGUCUGUCUCUCCUGCAGAGCGCUGUUGAUGAAUACAACAAGUCCAAGAACGAGUUUUCUGCAAAGGCUACAGAGGAAGAGAUGCGUCUCCUUCGUUUCCAACGCAAACUGGACGAUGAAAAAGGGGCGGGGCUUCAAGGACUGUCUCUGCAGGCCACCAUGGAGGCCCUGCUGGGUUGGACCUGGAGGUCUAACUCUUCUUCUCCUCUCCGUAGGGACCUGGAUGGUGCGGCGGACGCCGCCAUCGAGCGGAGGAGUGACCCUGAUCUGGGGGCGGUUCUCGCCCGCUGCCCCCCCUCCGAGCGCCAGCUUGUCGAACGGCUGAAUCGUGCCGCCGCCGCCGCCAGAAAGUGAUCCCCAUAGAUCCCCAUCCAUAGACUCAGCUGCAAGAAAGUGAUCCCCAUCCACAGACUCAUCUGCAAGUCGCUGCCAGAAAGUGAU